AUGUCAGCAAUCAAGCAAUCGUCCAUGGACAGGACCGCUCCCUUGCACGGUGAUCUGACAAGAACUUCUUCCGGACACCCCAUAUCAAUCUCGACGCCUUCCAUGAUUUCUCAGGGGGCAGACGAGGAGAGUGUGAUUCGCAACGAGGAGCACAAGAAGACCGUCUUGCGCUUGGAGGAUACCCUGGUGAACUGGUCUGCCCUCGGCAAAUCAGUUCAGGAUACCUUGCGCGGUUACAUAGAAGAGGACGACGCUGAAGAGGGCGACGCCGAAGAGGGCGAGGAGGAAGAGGACGAUCAACUAGCACGCUGCGAUUUCCGAAGCUACGAUUCCGACGCUGCUACCUCCAAGUCCGAAUUCUCUCUGGCCAAGCGACAGAAGCAGCGACAACGGCACUGA